CCACGGGAUCAUGACGUCAAAUCUUGCCCCACCAAGGAGAGCAGCUACUCUUACCUAACUAGAAUUUCUGUAGUGCGUCAUCGGGAUUCAUGUUUUGAAAUUCGGUACGGUAUUGGAAGGUCCAGAAUACUUAUCUAGACAUGUUCAAAUUAGUCCCGGGACAUGCUACAUCAUCCGACAUUUAGGGGAAAGGUUACUUAAGAGAUUCAAACGUGCACUGGAUGCGUAACUUGUGAGGCCUCUUCGCUCGUAAACAUGUACACAAUCUGGUUCGUGGGUCAUCGAUCUACAACGUGGUCAUACUUGGUUGUCCUUUUAGUGUUUUGCUCCAUUCUACAGCGAGCAACAGCUCAGUUGCAUCUGUUUAUCACAAACGAGGAUGCCAACACACAUCUAAGUGAGUAUAUGUCUUUCAAGAAAGGUAGCAAGUUUGUAAAUAGUUCGCAAACCAUGUGGAUCGAGGGAGAAGAAUCAUUCGCGAUGGCUUAUUCUGUAUUUCAGAGAUGAACUUCCAGGGAAGAUUGUACCUCAUUCGCGAUGGAGAACCAAACACUAUGGUGCAGAAUCCUGGUGCAUUUUAUCGUUUUAUGUCACCGUUAGAUUCAUCGGUUUCAACGAUUCAGCUAAGCUGGUUUUCAUCUCCGCAGGUGAGUACGACGUGAUAAGCGGGAGUGAUAUAUAUACGAUUGUUGGGUGUUUUGAUUCUCACUGAAGUCGAACAAAGUCCAUCAGCCUGUCUCUGUGAAUGAUUUGUCGACUUCGGGUUAGUGUUUAGUCAUAGUUAUUAUUUAUUUUAGUUUGUGCCUCAAAUUGAGGAGGAAAGAAAGAUUUCCGUGCGUUUCUGAUCAUUUGAAUGAAAGGGUUCUCUUAGCACUCUAGUAGCACAAUACUCCACUUUACGCAAUGCUAAUUUUGUAGUGUAUUUUUUUGUCAUCUUACUUCAUUCAUGUGACGUUCCGCGAACUAUUUUCGUCUUAGAAAUCAGAUGAUUAUGUUCCAGAAAACAUUUUCGUCAUUGAAUAGUCGUUCUGAUGAAGAAAACUUUGCCAAAAACGCCAAUAUUAUAAACACGAAGAAUCGGGGUAUUUUGUUUUGCAUGGCCGGAAUGCAUUCUUUCUUCCCCUAUUGUUCGCUUAGCAAUGAUUCUUAACGAUCGAAAAUCGGCAAUUCUUUCUUCGGUUCGAGUGCUGAAUGCUUCAGAUCUUCCUGUUCUAAGCUUUGAAGGAAUCAAAUGAAAGGUAUUAACGAUAUCGGCGAUCUAAGGGUUUCGUGUUGACGGUUUUAGCGUGGACCAUUAAGUAUUUGUCGUUGUUUAUUUAAGCCGGACUGAUCGCUCUCUGUCUUGAAUGAAUGGAAUUGUAAUGUGGUGUUUUUCAAAUUGUAAGCGAUCGGACAAGCCAUUUGGAGCAUUUUAUCAAAAAAUGUGAUGUAUGCUGAUGUCUGGAAAAUUUCUGUCGAAAAGGCAAUCUAGAAUAUGACUCUGGGGGAUAAUGCCGUUGAUUUUUUUACGCCAAUAUUCUAAGCUUAGAGUUGGCAAUGAACUUUAGGAAUGCAUGUGCUUGUGUUUAUUGUUCUUUAAGAAGAUUUAGCUGAGGCAAGUCUGUAAAAUGUCCGUUUUCCAGUGGUUUUCUAAUUAUUUGCUCCCGUUAAAUCAUUCAAACGUGAUCUUGCCACAAUAUCAUUUCCUACUCCUUGAACUGCGAGCCUUCAGAAUUGGAUUUUAGUGUAGUUCCGUUGGGCUCGAGCGUUUCCUGUUGUGGCCUCUGAAAGGCACGUAAAAGCUUGUUUUUAUCAUGGAUAAUUCAAGAUUGCGGAGGAAACAGCUGAACAAUAUCAACUUGAUAAGCCAAAAGCUUGUUAAGACACGGUAGGGUACGAUUUAAGAUGUGAUGAAGGCACCUUGCCAAGCAGAGGAAAACAAAACAAUAACGAGUAGUCAUUUAGUCUAACCACUUGGUUUGCAAUAAAGUUGGCGUCCAUUAUAAUCAUUUCAUCCAUAAUGGCAUUUCCUAUUAUGCUACAAGUUGAAUAUUUGACUCUCAAGAAACAAUUUAAUGUUUAUGGUGUCAGUUACACAACUUAAAUAUCCUUUUUUUUUUUUUUUUUUUUUUUUGCCAAAGCAAAAUAACUUGAGAAAUUGAUCAAUCAUGAAACCACAGAUUCAGUGGCUUCCAUUUAAGAUUCUGUGCGAGAGCUACAAUCAACAUAACUCUAUUGGGAAAUUUCAGUCUGAAUUGUUUGAUUUUCAAACAUGUCUUAGUUUUGACAAUCAAGCAUAAAGAGGUAGUGUUGCAAUAACUUAAAGGUCCUCUGAUGAUAUUGUUUCAGGGCUUUGUCCAAAAAGCCUUGGCUGAAAUUAAUUAUUUCAAAAGAAGAGAUAACACUUGAUUUUUUUAGGAGUUUAUUCACUUUAACCCUUUAACUCCUAAGAUCUGAUUGUUAAUUCUCCCCUCUAUCUGCUACACAUAUCCUUGAAUCAGUGAUGAGAAUUUAGUGUUAGAUCAAAAUAAAAACUUCUACCAGACACGUUGGAGUAUUCUGAAUACAUGUUUGCAGGAUAAUGUAUGAUUAUUAUGGGGAGAAAUUCUUUAUUAAUCACCUCAGGGAGUUAAAGGAUUGAAAAAAUUAAAAUGUUGUAAAUUUGCAUGUGAGCAUAUUGGCAGGAAAUUGUUGGGUUGUAACAAAAUAUCUAAAUAAGCUGGAAAACUACUUUGAGGAUUGUAUCAAAUGCAAUUUUCAAAACCAAAGAGCUUUAAUAUUCUAUUCUGUUCUUCAGUUUUUUAAUAAAGUUCUGCUCACAUAGUGGGUUGGAAUUGGUGAAAAUAAGAGGUUUUGAACCAUUUGUGACAAUUUCAUCCUCCUAUGUUCACCUGAUAUUAUGAAAUAGCAGAGAUACUCUUUAAGUCUGUUACUCACAAGCAGGAGGCAAGUGACUAACAAACUUUUCUCUUGUUCUCCUGAUAACUAAACUGAGUACACAGAGCUAUUUCAUAGGUGGAUCUUUCCUUAGAAUUAACUUUUACACUCUCAGGGGUUACAUAAGAGGAAUUUCUCCACAUAUCUUUUGGGAAAUUCUGUGUGAUUCAGCAACAAUUUCUCAGAAGCAAAAUUAUAAGAUGUGUAUGGUAAACCGUGCAGAGGAUCGCUUGCUAGAUCUUGGAUAUGUGGUGGUUACGGAAUUGAUGAUGUCUUCUUUUACAGGUCUCACACUAUAGCAUGAGCUUCAAAUCAAGUGAUCAUAGUAUCAUGCCUGAUCCUCAUGCAGCCACUCCUUUGGAAGGAAUUGUUCCACAAUCUCAAAAGGUGUGAAUGACCUGUCUUUACAGGUUCACAUUUUAGUGUUUUGUACAAACACUGAAUUUUAAAAACAAUCCAUAUGUUUGUUUGUUUGUUAGCAGAAGUAGUUAGUACAAUGCAUGCAGUGAGAGUGCAUCUUAACAUGUUUUGUUAGCAUUUUAAGUUAACUUGAUAAGUACUCUCCAAGAAAUAGUUUGAAACAUCUGAGGGGGGGGGAAGUAUACUUGAUAAGGAAAAUGAUUAUCAAUGGACUAAAUGUCCUGUACAAGGUACAGUUUAUAUGUAUAUACACUACAAACAAGGAAGAUCCUUGCUAAAACUGAAUUUCAACUAAGUUUUUCAAAGUAUCUUUCUGAAGAUACUUCUUUCUAUCUUGCAAGCAGGUGCAUUGAAAGCGUUCUUGCUUCCAAAAUGCAAUCAUUGUCAAAGGGAAAGGCAAAAACUUUCUGAAGGGACCUGUUGCUUCUUACAAAUUCUUCACACAAUGAAGUCAUAUUUUCUUAAUUAUUAAUUGGCAUCCUAGGGUGGAGUGGGUGAAUGUUUUUUGUUUGUUUUUUUUUUUUUUAAUUUUUUUUCAGAAUUGUACUUUCCUGAAUAAAAUGUACUGAUUUGUCGUGUUGUUUUGUCUCACAGCCUUUCAGGUUUCCUUCUACUGUCCUGGUACUACUGAGGGAGAAGUUGAUAUGACAUUUUCCUUGAACUACACCAGAAUUGUUUCAGGCUCAGUGGAUACGGAGGAGAUCAAAAGUUUUAUGCUCAUAGUGAGAAGGCGUUGUGAAAAAACAGGUAAUUGACAUUGAAUAAGACACUAUCAUUUUGCUUUUCUACAGGGUUUUUUUUCUUUCUCAAAUUCCUUGUUUGUUCAGAUCAGUGUCUUAUGAGACAUUCAAACAGAGCUUAACUGAAAAUUACUCAGUCAUCAUUAUCAUUGUUGUUUUUGCCUUCUUGCUAUUCACUUUGAUGAAACAAUUCUUAACUUGCCUGGACGGAAGCUUCAAGAUUUAUUUUUGUAGAUCAAUUAUCAUUUUUGACACUUUACCCUUCACCCUCAUGAGUGGCCAAGACAUCAUUUCUCUUUCCAAUAUAAAUAUGAUACCAAGCAGACAAAUGAUGAGAUUACAGAAAAAUGUCAACUUGGAUUAUUAGUUGAUCCAACACCAAAUGUUUACAUGAAAUUCUCUGCAGAUGGAAAUGACAAUUUCAUCAAACAAGUUACAUCCUCGCCAUGGUCACGCAGUAAAGUUGUGGGAAUCUGUGCAGGCUUGACGACUGUUAUUAUAUCUGUUGUUGGGCUGGUGUUACUGUUUCGUUAUUGUAUGAGACAGAGGAAGUUGAAGAUAGAGUUUGAAGAUGAUGUGGAAAUGUAUCGCAGCAGCAGCAGGUUUGUUACUUAGCAGUCUGUCCUUUCAGUGGUUGUGCAUCUUUGAAAGCUGCUGACUGUGAAUUUGUUGGCUAUUGUAAAAUAGGGUUGGCAAUUUUUCCUCUUUGUUUUUUUUCAGUAGUAGUAUGGUCAAACCUUGAUUAUCCAGACCUCAAUCAUCUGAAUUUCUUGAUCAUUCAAACUUUUUCCCUGGUCCCAAUUUUGUCAUGAAUUUUUAUUAGUCAUGAUCAAGAUCUGUAGCCCUCUUCUUUUUAAAACUACAGUGUUGAAAAGUAAAGUGAAGGCAAGUUUUGCUUUCAAAAAGCAAAAGCAGAGCUCACACGCGUCAUAACUAAUGAAGAACAUUUGAUUGAGGUCUGAUUGGCUUAGAGUUGCUUUGUUGCUACAUGAGAUUUCACACUCUAUAGGCUCUUUCAGCAUGGUAUGCAAGAUAAACAAGUUAUUACACAGCAUCACGAAUGGUUAUUCACAAUCAUCGUGUCCUUGAACCAUGAGCGAUCUUUUCUUUCGAUUAAAUGUCGCUUUCUUAAUUUAAUCAGUUUUUGUUCCUAACUGAUAUUCAUAUUUUCAACUAUCUGGACCCUCGAUUAUCCAGACUAUUUCAUUUUGUCCCAACAAGUCCUGUUAAUCAAGGUUUCAGUUUUCAACUUCUACCUCCUGAGCUCAUUCACAGACAAGUGAUAAGAUAGUUUUCUUAUGAAUAGAACAUGUUAUGUAUUGUGUUUGUAAGUCAACAAUAGGUUUUAGAAUUGUGCUCUGAGGUCAUCUAAGGUGGUGGGAGAUUUUCUACUAAAGAUGUUGAGUGAAAUUGAUUUUUUAACUUAAAUGUAAGAAUCAGUGUAAACAUUUCUAUGACACAACAUUUUUUCAGUGAAACUUCAGGUCUUUGUAUCGCGUACCUUUAUUCUUUUAUGUUUACUGAAUAUAUUUCCUUUGAUACCUGACAAAAUUCUCUUUUGUAAAAAACCAGUUCAUCCAAGAUUUACAAAAAAGAAGAGCAACAAGAAGAAGAAGUUGAUGAAACAGUGGAUUCUUCAAAGCCAGGACUGUUUUACAGCCCACCAAGGCCUAAUUAUCAACCUCCAGGAGGAGGAGGAGGAGGAGGAGGAGGAGGAGGGAGAGGGCGUGGCCGUGCUAACACAAGUGGCAGUGACUCCUCAACAACUGAUCUGAUUAUUCCUGAGGAAAGUAGUGAUAUGUGUAUUCAAAAGCAAUCAGAGGGAAAGUACAGCAGUAGAGAUGGCAGACAUGGAGUAAGACAUAAACAUCGACGACAUGAACGGCAGUGGAAACAUGGAAGCUUGUCUAGUAUGUUUGUUUGUUUGUUUGUUUGUUUGUUUGUUUGUUUUUUUUCACAUGGGUGUGUUUGGGCUGUUCGGAAACUGUACCUUCUGGUAAAUUAUGUCAGUUGAUUCAUAAUUAUGUAAAGGGUUUCAUUUCAUUCUCUCUUUAUUUGGUGCAGAUACAAAAUACACUUGGAUACAAGAGAGACCUUUGUCAUCUUAUCAUGAAACAGAAUCUUUGUUGGAGAGAAGAAAUAGUAAGGGAGUUUUUUAUUGAUUUUUGUUUUGGUAAAUCAAGUCAGUUGUUACAUAUGUAUUGGUUUUAGUUGUCAAUAACAUAUUGACUGCACUAGUGUGUCCUUAUUACAAGUAGAUGUAUUAGUUUUUUCUAACUAAUAAAGAUUUUUUUUCACAGCUCCUGAUGAAGCUCAGAAUACCGGAGGACUUUUUACAGUAUUAAAUGAAUUUUGGGCAACAGAACUUGCAGAUGUUUUAAUACCUAGAGACCAAGUGUCAGUUGGAGAUCCUUUGUAUAGAGGUUAGUUAGAUGCAAAGAACUUUGGAUGUUAUUUCAUUUCCUGGCACAUAAACUUGCUUUUCCUCUUUUAAAUUUUGAUUACUGAGCAACAUGGCUGACAGUUAGCCCCUUGGGUUUAAGUGUAGUUAUUAACAGUAAGCUUUUAAGAUCAGAUUGGCUUAUAAAUAUACAAUCACAUUCCAAUUACUGUAAAGAAAGAGGUAAAUUGUUUCAAGCUACAAUUGUCAUGUGCCAAUUUAUUCCAAGUGUUCCAAUGGUUUAAAAUAACUGUCUGUGACAGGGAAAGUUGAUUCGUUUGUUCACCAUUGGAAAUUUAUUUUGCAGGAACAUUUGGAUGUUUGUACAAAGGUUCUGUUCGAGGACUAAGUGAAGAGCAACCUCGCAAGAAAAUGGAAGUGUCCAUCAAAGCACUUCAAGGUAAGACCAAACCUGAAAGUCUUCUGGAGUUUGUGUCUAAUACAGUGAUCUGGUGUCAUCUGGAGUAGGAUAGUGGAGUAGGACAGUGAUCUGGUGGAGUAGGACAGUGAUCUGGUGGCGUCUGGAGGAGGAUAGUGCAGAAGCACAAAUGACCUUUGUUAGGCUUUUCAAAGACAAAGUGCUAAUACUCCAUUUAGUAAAUUUGAGGAGUUUUUCCAUUUUACUUGUGGAUUUGUUAAGUGCAGAAACAAGUAAUGUGGGAGUUUGAUAUGCAAAAAUUGUGACAUUAUCAUGGUCUUAGUUUAGGGAUAGUAUGCAUCAUUUUAAAGGAGUUAUUUUUGUGCACUUGUGUGAGGUUUUGGUUGGCCAUGGAGGUGUUUGAAUAACUUUUUGUGAGGUUUGUAGUUCCCUACUGCAUUCUUUUCUUCAACUAAUUCAAUUCUUUUAAUGAAAUAUUUUAAGUGCAGUACAGAGUCCUGUAGAGUUGUGUUUUGACUCAGUUUUAUCCUUCACAGAUGAAGCAGACAUGGACACCAUCACUUCUUUUAUGCAGGAAGCAAUGGUCAUAAAAGGCUUCAAGCAUCCAAAUGUUGUGGAACUGGUGGGUGUGGUGCUUCAACGUUCAACGCCACCUUACAUCGUAACUCCCCUAACACGAAAUGGAGACCUAGGACACUUUUUGAAGAUUUCAAGAGCAACAUCUGCAAGAGUACAGGUGAGAACACAAGAACAGCAUCAAUAGGGAGUGUGGAGACAGUCUACUGUAAGAAAUGGUUGGGAUUGUUGGCCAGAAAUUGGUGUACCUCUGAUCAUUAGACCAAUGAAGAUUACAAAGGUAAAGAAAGGUAGAAUGUGUUAGAUCUUUAAAUAAAAACUUUGAAUUGAUUUUUUUUCCCAGACAAUAACCUCACGCCAGCUUAUUGAGUUUGGAAUUGAGAUCUGCAAAGGAAUGGAUUAUAUCACUCAGAAAAAGAUUGUUCACAGAAAUCUUGCAGCAAAGAACUGCAUGUAAGUAUUUCUUAUCUAAGUUUGCCUUGUGUUUCAUAUAGUUGCCUUUUAUCUUAGUUUUCUUCUUUUUUGCGAAGAAUGUAGAUGAUUCAGGUUUGUAAUGAUCAGGAAAAUAAAGAUUUUUCAAACAUUUGCACUCUAUCUUAUAGGCAAUCUAAUUUUAAUAGUUUUCACUUUGCAAUUGAUAGUCACAUGCCCUAGGUUACUGCUGGUGUAAAGAGGCUGUUGCUCUGACUGAGUAUUUGGGUUAAUAUAUUUCCCUGCAUUUUGAGAUGAUGAUUUAUAAAAUAAUUAAGAAGGGAUUGGGUUUUCCAUCUCAGGAAAUCAGACUUAUCUGAAAGUGUUUUCCUUUAGUGUCAAUGAUGAUUUGAGUAUCAAGAUCACUGACUUCAGUUUGGCCAGAGAUGUGAACACAACAAACUUGAAUGACAAGGGAAUACGGUCCAGAUUACUUGUCAAAUGGACAGCACUUGAGGGUUUAGCAGAGGAGGGUCAAUUUUCAGAAAAAAGUGAUGUGGUAUGUUUCAUUUCUUUUUCACUCUUUGAAGAUAAAUUUGGUUUUGCCUGGCUUGUCAAAAUUAGGACUCUAAUUUAUAUUGCAAGCGCUCAGCUGGUAGUUCAUCAUUAGCUUUAAACAUUGCAUAAAGAUUAAACCCUUGAGGAAGAGAUGAAUUUGAAAAUUGUACUUGCAAGUUAAGAACAAAUCAGUGUGCUUAUUCUGCACAGUGUUAUCUAUACAUUUCCGAUAGAACUGCAUAAGAGAAUUUCUUUAACAAUAAAGAACUACAUAAGUUAGUGAUUAUUUCUUUUAUUCUCAUGACCCUGAUGUUUGAUUUAGUGGUGAAACACUGAGGAGAAUUUGGAUGCUUACCACUCUUAGAGAUCAAAUUCUUAUGAGUGGCUUACAGAGGAAUAUAUCACCAUCAGUAAAGAGAAUAUGCUUGUAGAUCAUGGAAAGGAAUCAGGGAUACUUGAGCAAUUGUUAUCACAAUGACAUUGACUUUGCACAACAGCAACAGAUUUUACAGGUUGUGGCCUUGGUGUCAGCCUGUUUAUUGAUAUGCUUCAUUGUUGUAUAAAUGACUCAUAUGUGGCAUUUAUUCCUUCACAGUGGUCAUUUGGAGUUGUUUUAUGGGAGAUUGUAACUCUUGCUAAGGCACCGUAUCAAGCUAUUGACAGUUCAAAAAUGGAGCAGCAUCUGCAAGCUGGACAUAGAUUACCACAACCUAAUAACUGUCCGUAUGACUUGUAAGUUUUGUUUCUUGUUGUAUGUAAACUUAUCAGGUCGAGGUUAUCUUGAUCAAACACCAAAUUCUCAUAACUAGGUUACAACAAAAUGUGUAACAGCUGGAGGGGGGGAAUAAACAAUGAGAUCUUGGUAGUUAAAGGGUUAUGGCAUUGUUUUGACCUUCACUGUGUCUUUUUGCAGAUAUUUCUUAAUGAAAAACUGCUGGGAAUCCAGUCCAAAAGCAAGACCAACAUUUAGUCUGUUAUUAAAGCAAUUGGAACACUACUCCACAAGGCUGGUGCAAAAUGGACUCAAGUUUGAAUAUCUACCAGAGUCUGACUGUUGAUGAAGGGAAAUUUGUUGCUUUUCUGGGCUUAUUAUUACCACUUAAAUAUAUAAUUUUUGUACUUGUGGCUGUAUCAUAGGAAAAAAAUAAUUUUUGUACAUUGUAUAGGUUUAUCAAAUUAUAGCCAUUUAAAAUUCAAGUAGCCUUAUUUCAGGUAUGUUCGAAGCGUGGCAGUUAAAAGAUUCUUUGGUUGUUACAUUAAAGGUGGCUGUUUGGGUGGGUCAGUUUUUUAAAAAUAUUAAGCCACUAUUUAAUGAAAUUGAAGGCAAAGUUUUGCUUUUGAAAACACAAACAUGUGGGAAGACUUCCAUUUUACAAAAUUGUAGGUUAUGGGUCAGUAUUUUUGUAGGAUUUUUUCAGUGUUGCUUGUAGCACUUUUCUUUUCCAAUGUUGUGUUUCACAUGUCAAUUGUUAAGUCAUAUGGUAAAAUGAAAACUCAUAUUUCAUUGGGAAGUUUUUGUUUCUGAAGGAAGCCCCUGUGCACAGGAGCGUAAUCUUCUUGAGAUAGAUCACAAUUUUUGAUUGUAAAGCUGUUCUUCAAAUUAACCUGCUAUAUUUUUCAUAGUGAUUUACCAUUGUUUUGCUGCUAUAAAAUUCUAUGCCUUUUUUUUUCUCUUGUGCUGUCUGGUAACAUUGUUAAGUUUCCCUAGUUACAUUUUACUGUUGCAGUAUAACUGUGAUUGGUGGCAUUCGUUGUUUGGUUUCAAAGUUCACAUGGAAGUCAUUUUGUAAAUACAGUAUCCAUUGUUCCAUUUCCAAUUUUUCAGGGACAUGUUUUAUAUUCUAGUUAUGCUUUGUUCAUCUUGGUUGUUGAAAAUCAACAUUUGAGUAGGUAUCAUAAAGUUUUACCCCUUAUAUUGCUUCAUCAGGCCAUUCAUUAGAAAACUCUAUGUUGUUUGGUAAAUCAUAUUUGGGUUAAUAGUAUCAAAACAAGUUUUAACUUUGUCCACAGCAUGUCAUCAAACUUAUUGCCUUCAGACCCUAAAGAGCUUAUAUUAUUAAUUAGCUAACCUACAAAAUUAAAUCACUAUAAAUUGUUAUUUACUUAGUAAGAAGGGAGUAUUUUUCUACUAAGUUUCCAAAAAAACUCCAAUAUUAACUUUUUUUAAAACAUCAUAUUUGCUCACCAAUCUUAACUUUGGUGGGUGUUGAAUGUUUUUCAAAAGAGUAGCACAAGUCCCCCUACCAGAUUUGGACAAUUUAAGGGCAACAUAAAAUUUUUUGCAAAUAAGCUCAGUGUUUAUGGUUUUGGAAAAUGUAAAUUAUGUUUUCCAAGCCAUUUUCUGAGACAUAUUGUUAGAAAAUUCUGUUACAGGCUAUUUUGUACAUUUAACACAGUAAAAUUUUCAAAACAGUUUGUUUUGCAACAUUGUUUAUGGAGAUGCUGGGAUUGGAUCAUAUUUUCGAAUUAGCAGUAGAAAGCUGCUGCAAAUGUUAAUCUGUGUAUGGAGCUUACUAGAAUUGUAGUUUUCAAAUUUGUUCUUUUGGUUCAUGUUCAGAUUUGUACAGUGUAAUUAGUUUUUUUUUGACGGGAUGUUAGUAAUAGAACGUCUCAAAAGUAUAACAGAACGAGCGCAUUUUUCUUUAGCGUACUGCAUAAUGUAUGGCUUCUCUUUAUAACUUAAUCUCAUAACACGGUUGUUAAUAGUGGUUGGUUAAUUUUAAUGCAGUAAAGUGUUGUGGAAAAACGUUGUUUCGGAGCCAAAGUUGAGCCGCUUGCUUAAAACAUACCUUAGAAUGAAGAUAUGUAGAUACAGUAUUAAUAAAAUGUUUUGUAAAGAAAUAAACACAUAUCACGUUAAAAGUAAUAGCCAAAAAUAUAUAUGAUGUAAAUAGUGAUUUUAAGGUAACUGUGUCUUUGAAUGGUGGAUCCUUCUGGCAAUAAACAUGUAAUUUAGCAUUUCUUGUUGGGCAUGAAUUGUUAUACGUUCUGUCAGAAAUGAUUUAGCUUUGGUGAUGAGACUCUGAAGGUCACUUCAAUUUUACAUCUCAUAUUGGAGUAAUGUUGCAAUAUUGAAGCAUUUCAUGCAACAGUUACU